AUGGUGAAUUGUGCGGGAGAGGCGUGGCUCCCGCGCGCGCCGUGACGUGAACCCGGGCUGCCGGUUAAAUGGGUAGGCGCGCUUCCACGCCCACGGGGCUUGAGUAUUUCGGGUAGCAAUAGCAGUAGUACUCGUAGUAGCAGCAGGAGCAGUAGUGCCAGCAGCAGCAGAAACCCGCCGCCGCCACCGCGGUGGUGGUGCCUGAUGUGUGCGGCGAUUAAUGCGGGAAUGAAGGUGUGGAUCCCACGCAGGAGGAGAAGCGCGAUGUAGCCGGACUGGACCCCACUGGACGUGUCCGAUCGGGGGAAGACGGGGGGCGCGCGCGCGGCCACCAUGAUCUCGAGGGAUUUGGCGUACUUUGUGGGGGUGCUGCUGCUGUGCGGGAUGAGCCACGCGCAGUACUCGAGUGACCAGUGUAGCUGGAGAGGGAGUGGGCUAACACAUGAGAUACAUGCACGGGACGUUGAGCAGGUGUACCUGCGUUGCUCGCAGGGGACACUGGAGUGGCUUUACCCGACAGGCGCCAUCGUUGUCAACUUGCGGCCGAACACGGACUCGCCAGAUCCCCGUCGCCGCCUCUCUGUCUGCAUCAAGCCCUCCAGGGACUCGCAGGGCACUAACAUCUACCUUGAUCGGGCCGGGGAGCUGCGGCUGUUGCUGCGGGAGGAGGAGCAGAGCCUGGGGCGUGUACAGUGCUUUGGCAUCCAGGAGGGGGCGCUCUUCAUCGAGGCCAUCCAGCACCGGGACAUCAGCCGCAGGAUCACAGCUUUCCAGUAUGAGCUGGUGAGCGAGAGACAAGACCUUGACUCCCGCAGUGCUCCUUGCCAACCGUGCAAUGAUCAAGAAGUCUUGCUGGCCCUCUGCACCAGUGAUUUCGCGGCUCGAGGGAGCAUUUUGAGGAUGGAGAAAGAGGAGGAGAAGGCAUCCAUCACUGUCAUGCUGAGCAGACUGUACAGGCAGAAGAGCCAGGUUUUUUUGUUGGGUGGACGCCGGAUGAGAGGCUGGACGGGUUGCAUGUGGAUGCCUCCACGGUGUGAGAUGUCACCUGGGGAAGGAGAGUACUUGUUCACCGGGACAGUGCGAUUCGGGGAGGCAUGGCUUGGCUGUGCUUCACGCUAUGAGGACUUCCUCAGACUUUACAGGAAAGCUGUUGAGCAGGGUACCAACCCGUGCCAUAUAGACAUGAGCUGAGAUGGCCACAUGGAUCUAAGGUUAGGAUGAAGUUUGAGACAGCAGGGGCGGGGCUAUAAACUUCCAGGCACUCGGUGGCUCAUGAGCCUCUUUGCCAGACCUUUCAGCCAUAUUGCUCCUGUCCCUCUGUGUGACAGAGGUUGAAGUUCUUAAAAGUCUGAUUGUUUGGAGCCUGAGGAUUCUUGUUGGGAGAAACACACAGCAGUCCCAGAUCCUGAUGUAGCAGUCGAUGUAAAAAAAAAAAAAAAAAAAAAAAAAAAAAAAAAUGUGAAAGGACACUCCGGGUCCAAGUGCUUUGUAAAAAGCUUAAUGUACAGUUCUGAAGUUAUUUCUUCUGACAGAUAUGUAUGAAGCUAAACCCCAUUUGUCAUGUUUGUGUUUUUAAAACGUGCAAUUCUAA